CUAAAAAUACCUUACCAGCCCAGCAUCCAUGGUUGACUUCAUCGUAAGACAUCAUUCCGCGCCCGGUGAUUAUUCUGCUUCUUCAGGGUCCUGAUCCAUCUGGUGCUCCAUCUGGUGCAUCUGAUCGCAUCGUGUGGUCCUCUUCGGACAGAUUCACCGCUGUAUAUAUAUCCAAAACCUCCGAGCCUCCACAGACCGGCCUCUUGACUCCAGACCACCUCUUGUCAUGCGGUUGAUCGCUCACCUACUGCCGCUCCUGGCAGUGGGCGUUUGGCCUUCUCUGGCACAAGAUGAUAGCACCACGACGACGACGACCGGCAACAAUGGCGGCCUGACUCUCGAGGGGACCGUCACUUCGUCCAUCAGUGAAGCGACGCUGCCCACAGGUCACUACCUCUCCUACACUACGACUAUGACCCUCGACAAUGGACAUACCGUCACGAGCACCGGGGCGCACUCCGCGACAACCACCUCCAACUCUACAACAGCAUCCGGGAAUUUCACCACGACGGUGACUUCCUCGUCUCAAUCUCUCACAUUGCUGGUGGGCGGCCAGACUGGCGGAGUCAAUGGCACCAACGCUACUACAACAGCGACGUCCACUGCAUCGUCGACCCCAGUCGUCAACACACAGCCUUGCAAUGGCCACGCGGAGUUUUGCGCGCGAAAGUACUCCAACAUCACCAUGGUUGCUGCCCACAACAGCCCGUUUGUCAAGCCAGGCAAUGCGGCAGCCAACCAGGCGUUGGACGUUACCGCUCAGCUGGAUGAUGGCAUACGGAUGCUGCAAUUCCAAACACACCUGGUCAACAACACCCUCUACCUCUGUCACACCAGCUGCGAUCUUUUGAACAUGGGACCAUUGGAAGACUACCUGACAACUGUCACGAAAUGGGUCAAAACCCAUCCAUAUGACGUGGUCACCAUCAUGAUAGGCAAUUAUGACUAUGUAGACCCCGGCAACUUCACAGGUCCUAUCCAGAACUCUGGUCUCAUGGACUAUGUGUUUACACCCUCAAAGAUCCCAAUGGCGCUAGAUGAUUGGCCUACGAUGUCCAGUAUGAUUCUGUCUGGCAAGCGAGCCGUUGUCUUCAUGGACUACCAGGCCAAUCAGACGGCCUACCCGUGGCUCAUGGAUGAGUUUUCGCAGAUGUGGGAGACGCCGUUUUCGCCCACGGACGCAGCCUUCCCUUGCACAGAGCAGCGGCCGCCGGACCUGUCCACGCAGGACGCCAAAGACCGGAUGUACAUGGCUAACCACAACCUGAACCUCGACAUCAACAUUGCCAGCAUCAGUCUGCUGAUCCCCAACACUGCCUCACUCAACCAGACCAACGCGGUCUCCGGCUACGGUAGUCUCGGAAAGAUGGCACGCAACUGCACGGGUAAGUAACAGCUGACUGUGGUCUGUGUAACAUGCUAACCUCUUUACCUCAUAGCUAUGUGGGACCGGCCGCCUAACUUCCUUCUGGUGGAUUACUACAAUUACGGCAACUUCAACGGGUCCGUGUUCGCGGUGGCCGCCGAGAUGAACAACGUAACCUGGGAUGGGAAAUGCUGCGGCGCAGCAUCUGCAGCGACGAGCGUGAUGCCUGGGGUGAGUGUGAUGAGUACGCUGCUUCUGAUUGCGGGAGUGCAGUAUAUGGCAUCGAUAUUUUAGUGUUGCUCCGAGCGUAUAUAGUGGGAGUUUGGAGUUGAUGGAUACACUUAUAUUAUGACUCACGACUGUACAGU